AUACAGCCUUUCUUUCACAGCGACCGCCAUGGUCACCGUUGAGGAACCGCCACUGUCCCCGCCGCAAGCAACACUUCUCGCUCUUUUCUUCGUCUCGUCCUAUGUCGGGUCGCUCUACAUAUCCAAAAAUGCGCGUCUGUCGUUCGUCUCCAAGACCGUGAAACUGCCAGACGGCCAGAUCCGGCAAAAACAGGACAAAGAACGAUGGAGAGACGAUUCAGAUGUUAUUCGAGCGCGGUUGACAGCGGUGGUAUCGUCGACGGUGCUGUCCUGCUUCGUCGUCUACUGGAUGCGGCUGAGGGCGUUCUCGACAGCCAGCGAGGCAAGAGCCGACACUCUCAAGCGACUGGGAUUUACAGCACCCCAUCCCGUCGUCGCCCACUUGAUAACCCCAAUGCUCUUUCUCGGUCCGUUGUACGCGAUGUCCUUGUACAGAACCCUACCGUUCCAGAAACUGUUCAACCACAACAACAGCACCUGGCUCACUUUCAAUUCUAUGCUGGGACUGAGGACAUAUGUUGUAGCACCUCUAACAGAAGAGACCGUAUUCAGGGCAUGCAUGCUCUCCAUCUACCAUCUAUCGGGCGCGUUGGUUUAUCGAAUGAUCUUCCUUGCUCCGCUGUGGUUUGGUCUGGCACAUGUACAUCAUGCCUGGGAUGCUUAUAACCGCUACGGAAGGACUACCGCAGCACUGAAGCGUGCUAUCUUAGGCAUUGCAUUUCAAAUGACAUAUACCACCCUCUUUGGGUUCCAUUGCUCCUACCUAUUCCUUCGGACUGGGUCAAUAUGGCCUCCCAUCACCGCACAUGUGUUCUGUAAUAUCAUGGGGGUCCCCGGGUUGCCACAAGAGUUGAAACAUUUUCCUUCAAAGACAUUUCUAAUCAUUGUGACGUAUAUUUUGGGUGUCAUUGGAUAUAUUCUUACGCUGGGCGCAUGGUCUUCGACGGAGGGCAGCAUUUACUGGAGCCAACCACAGCCGGUGGUUUAAGCUCAAUAGAAUGGCUAUAUGUUUCGUCAUUAUGGUGUGGAAUUUAAAAUUUGCUUGUUUUGUUCAGUGUAUUAGUGCCGUUCUUUGGGACAUAGCUUAUAGAAUGUCAAUAGGGAAUCCAGUCCAGUCCACUUCA